AUGCGGGAGUACAAGGUGGUGGUGCUGGGCUCGGGCGGCGUGGGCAAGUCGGCGCUCACGGUGCAGUUCGUGACGGGCUCCUUCAUCGAGAAGUACGACCCCACCAUCGAGGACUUCUACCGCAAGGAGAUCGAGGUGGACUCGUCGCCCUCGGUGCUGGAGAUCCUGGACACGGCGGGCACGGAGCAGUUCGCCUCCAUGCGGGACCUCUACAUCAAGAACGGGCAGGGCUUCAUCCUGGUCUACAGCCUCGUGAACCAGCAGAGCUUCCAGGACAUCAAGCCCAUGCGGGACCAGAUCACGCGCGUGAAGCGGUACGAGCGGGUGCCCAUGAUCCUGGUGGGCAACAAGGUGGACCUGGAGGGCGAGCGGGAGGUGUCGCUGGGCGAGGGCAAGGCGCUGGCCGACGAGUGGAGCUGCCCCUUCAUGGAGACCUCGGCCAAGAACAAGGCGUCGGUGGACGAGCUCUUCGCCGAGAUCGUGCGGCAGAUGAACUACGCGGCGCAGCCGGGCGCCGACGAGCCCUGCUGCGCCGCCUGCGCCAUCCUCUGAGCGGCGCCGCCGCGACCGUUAGCGGCCGUUGGGGCGGCGGCG